ACUCCUUUCUUCACCGCAUACACUCUUUCUCUUCGAGCUCAGCUGGUCUGUCAUUGCGCUGGACGUAUUUACCGCUCUUUUCUUUUACCCCUUGAGCAUUCCCAUUGUCUCACUUGAGACGCCUUCCCCUCGACGACUGCACCCGACUGGCGACAUCGAGAACAAAGGCGCGUUUCUCGAACACUCUCCUUGUGCCUUUCCGACUUUCGACACAACUCGCUUGUGUACCGAGACAACACAUUGUAAUACGAACCAUCCGGCCUGAUCCUCUGAAGCAAGCUUCGUACACUCAACCUGCGUCUUCCCCGGAGAGGGAAUAUUAUCGAUUAUCUACACCACGACAAGACAACCAUCACAAAGACGCACAACACCAUGAAAAUUAACACCAUUGCCAAGAAGCCCUUGGCUUCCCUACUUAUUGCCCUUGUUGCAGGCGGACCGAAUCUGGCCGCCGGUCACUCGUGGCUGGAGCAGGUCAGCCGCGUUGCACCCAACGGUACCAUCGUCCUUCCAAACGGGUACCCCAUGGGAUGGGGCGGUCGCGACGGCCCUGGUUUCAAUGACCUCUUGUACUCCAACUUGAUUCCUACAGAUACUACGAAGAUCUGUAAACGCAACCCUCUCGGCGUUCAGAAAGAGGGUUACCCCGCGUUGACCGCCGCGCCUGGCGACUUCGUCGCUCUUCGCUACCUCGAGAAUGGCCAUGUCUCCAAGCCCCGUAUUAACGGUCCUAAGAUUAGCGGGAUCGUGUACGUCUACGGCACUCUCGAGCCCCGAGCUGACGACGACAUCACCGACGUCCACAAGAAAUGGACCGCCGACGGCACUGGCGGUGACGGUCGCGGUCGUCUCCUCGCGACCCGCCACUAUGACGACGGCCAAUGUUAUGAAGCCAACUCGGAAGAAAUCUCCCAAACUCGCCAGAACCUCUUUCCCAAGCCCUCCGACAACUUCAUGGGUCCCAACUUGUGGUGCCAAACUGACAUUCAAAUACCUUCUGAUAUCCCCCAGGGCAGCCAGUACGUCUUGUACUGGGUCUGGUCUUGGCCCCAGCUCUUUCCCAAUGCCAUCGAGGGUUCGGAGAAUGGAUGGGAUGGCGAGUUUCCGCGCAACCUGCACGUCCCCAAUGGCGAGUAUCUCCAGUCGGACGCCGUUGAAGUGGCCGAAAUGUACUCUUCUUGUGCCACGAUCAAUGUCGAGGGCGAGCCCCUGAGUGACGGUAUUGAUAUCGACACGAACCACGGGCAGAGCCUUUCAGCCUGGAUCCAGAGCCACUUUGCCGAGCACAGGGAUUACACCAAUGCCGCCAUUCGGAAGCAACUCCUGGAUCAGUUCUUCGUCGAUGUUGGCGACAGUCAGAGAAGCCCCGGCACUGGGACCACCCCUCUUCCGACUUCGGGUCAGGGCGAGAAUCGGCCUCCCGUCCCGACCACCACCACCGGCGGUGGCAUUCGCACCGUCACUGUCACUGCGGACCCAACUACCGUCUACGCAACAGCGACUGUUACGGCCCGCCCUGGCGAUAACAGCGGCCCGCCUGUAGCUGAAGUUCAGGACGCACCUCACCAAGGUGGACGCCCUUCCGUUGAGCCCUUCAUGACUCGACGCAACCUGCGAGGCCGGUCCUCGUGGAACUUUGGAUCGGCGGACUAGAAAAGAUGCGCCGCAUGGGAGGGCCCAUGCCCCCUAAUCACCCGAACGUAAGCUCCAGCUUUGCACAUGGGCUUUUUUUGUCGCUACUCCACGCCUCCAGCUCGGAUGGGUAUACACAAAGGAAUAGGAUUCA